AUGGCUACCGAUCCCUCCACCUACAAGUUGAACCACACCAUGAUCCGGGUCAAGGACCCGAAGCGAUCAGUUGAGUUUUACAAGUUCCUCGGCUUGAGUUUGCUCAAGAAGAUGGAUUUCCCCGAAUGGAAGUUCUGCAACUACUUCAUGUCUUAUGACGGCCCCAAGUCGCUGCAGGGAGAAACCCAUUUCACCGACCGCAAUGCCAACAUUGAGCUCACCCAUAACUAUGGUACUGAGGACGACCCAAACUACAGCGUCGUCAACGGUAAUACUGAGCCCCACCGGGGUUUCGGUCACCUUUGCAUCUCGGUCGACAACAUCGAAGCUGCUUGCAAGCGCAUUGAGGAUGCUGGUUAUCCCUUCCAGAAGAAGUUGACUGAGGGGCGUAUGCGUCACAUUGCCUUCGCCAAGGAUCCCGAUGGAUAUUGGGUGGAGAUCAUCCGUCGCGGUGAAGAGGAUGCUGGCACCACCACCGACCCAGGCACCUACCGUCUCAACCACACCAUGAUUCGGGUCAAGGACGCCGAGGCGAGUCUCAAGUAUUACACAGAGUCACUGGGUAUGACGCUCGUUCGCACCUCUGAGAACCCAGAGAACAAAUUCAAUCUUUACUUCCUGGGCUACCCCAAGUCCAACCCUGAGAUCAAGGAAGGUGUCAGGAACCCCGUCUCUGAGUGGGAGGGUCUGCUAGAGUUGACCUGGAACUACGGCACUGAGAAGCAGGAGGGCCCUGUCUACCACAACGGUAACACAGAGCCCCAGGGAUUCGGCCAUAUCUGUAUCGCCGUGGAUGACCUCACAGCGGCUUGUGAACGGUUCGAAUCACUGGGUCUCUCUUGGAAGAAGCGCCUGACCGAUGGUCGGAUGCACAAUGUUGCAUUCCUGUUAGAUCCAGACCAGUACUGGGUUGAGGUGAUUCAGAAUGAGCGGAUCAAGCCCACUGCAAACUGGUAA